CAUUAUCCCUUUUAGAUAUCUAGUGGUAUUUGCUAUUGUGACAUCUGUAUAAGGUGCCACUUUGACAUACAUUAUAAGUUGACACGCAGCAAAACACCACUGGAUUCAAGCAAGAUUUAGAGUUUUGUACAUACACAUAAUAGCAACACUUGGAGAGUCGGAGUUAGAUACAUACUAUUGAUUCCAGGCUAUAGUAUUUAGAUACAUUUUCAAGCAAUUUUUAAUUGAUUAGAAAAUUACAGUUUGAGAGGGCUUUCACUCAAUUUAGGUGUAAAACAACACCACCCAAAUGAUCUGUAAUACAGAUUUGUCAAGAUAAAUUUUUCCAUUUUGCCUCCUGAAGUUUAUUAAAUGUAUAUACUGAAUCCCCGGUGUGUGAAAGGGGCAAUACCCAAAGGUUGAGUAUUGCCACAGUACUGAUGAUAUCCACUAUAUAUAUGGCUUAUUUGUAGUUCACCUUCAUAAAAUGCAGUUAUCCAUGAUUUCAAGACUUAAGGACGAGUAUUUUUAUCAAUUGUGUGGUUAUUGCUUGGAGAAAGAAAAUCGAAUCUUGAUAUAUCAAUAUGCAACCAUGGGUUGUUUGCAUGAUAUAUUACAUGGGAGACGAGGUGGUGAAGGUGAUGAACCUGGUCUGGUUCUGAAUUGGGACCAGAGAGUAAAAGUUGCUUAUGGUGCAGCAAGAGGCCUUGAGUAUCUACAUGAAAAGGUUCAGCCUUCAAUUGUUCAUGGUGAUGUAAGGUCAAGCAAUGUCCUUGUGUUUGAUGAUUUUGAAUCCAAAAUAGCCGAUAUCAACUUGAGAAAUUUGUCUUCACCAAAGGUGUUGCAAACUUUUGGUUACCUUGCUCCUGAGGACGUUAUUGUAGGACAGCUAUCUCGGAAGACUGAUGUCUUCAGCUUUGGCGUUGUUCUUUUAGAACUCUUGACAGGAAGGAAACCUGUUGAUAACACAAUGCCUAGAGGACAACAAAGUCUUAUUACAUGGGCAAUUCCAAGAUUGAGCAAGGACAGAGUAAAGCAGUGUGUCGAUCCCAGAUUAAACGAUGAUUACCCUCCAAAGGCAGUUGUGAAGUUUGCAGCAAUAGCAGCACUGUGUCUCCAAUAUGAAGCAGAAUUCCGGGCAAGUAUGGGGAUCGUGGUCAAGGCAAUGCAGCCACUUCUCAACUCAAAACCAGCUGCCUCCAAGUCUUAGCCCUAGUAAGCGUUUGACCAGCAAGCACAAACAGUUUUCAGUGACCAGCAUUGUCUGAUUUCUUCCCCACCUUCAAUCAAGACUUGCAUUGCAAGAACCAAAAUGCUAGUUAAUUUGGUGAGAUAACGAUCCGAGUAGUGGAACUGGUUAAAAACAAGAGACGGUUUUGGAGCUCAGAGACCCCAUGAACUGAAAGCAAUACGAAUUCGAAUAUUGUUACACACUCUCAAGUCUCAAGUGAUGACCAUCCAAAAGUUGUCUGAUACUCAUUGCCAUACAUAGUUCCUGGGUUAUACAUCAAAGCUACAUAUAUGUGAUUAUUAUCUUUUUAAUAUAUAUGUAACUUUUUCAGUGUA